AUGGGACAGAUAGCACAACAGUUAGCAUCCAACUCUCAAGCCCCUGGAACCCUACCUAGUGGUACGGUAACAAAUCCACGGGAACAUAACACUUCUAACGCUGUCACAACCCGAAGUGGAAAGUCAACCGAGGUUAAUGAUAUCGAAAAAGAUGGAUUAAUAGAGGUGGAUUUAGAAAUCAAGGAAACAAAAGUCCAAGAUGAAGAAGCAAUACCACCUCCUGUCCAGGAUAAGGAAAAGGUUCCAAAACCCAUAAUCAAACUUCCUUACCCUCCACGACAGAAGAAGAAGAGUCAACAUGAAAAGAAUUUCGAAAAAUUUCUGGAAAUGUUCAAGAAACUCGAAAUCAAUAUCCCUUUUUCGGAAGCAUUGGAACAAAUGCCAAUAUAUGCCAAGUUCAUGAAAGACAUAAUUUUCAAGAAGCGUUCCACUGAUACUGAACCGAUCAUCCUGAUUGAAACAUGCAGUGCCGUUCUCCAAGGAGCAAGUGUAAGUUUGAUGCCACUAUCCAUCUAUAAGAAGUUGGGCAUCGGUUAUAUGCAAGAUACUCGAAUGACCCUUCAGUUUGCGGAUCGAUCAGUCCGGCGGCCCUAUGGUAUUGUGGAAGAUGUUCUUGUGAAAAUUAACAAGUUUGUAUUUCCCGUCGACUUCAUCAUUUUAGAGAUGCCGAAGGAUGAAGAGAUCCCUCUCAUAUUGGGAAGACCCUUUUUGGAAACAGGAAGAUGUAUAAUAGAUAUUGAGGAAGGAACUAUGACCCUUAAGGUCUAUGAUGAAGAAUUAAAGAUAGAUGUGAGAAAUACUAUGCAAUACAAAGAUGAUGUCGGCUCAAGCAACACUAUAGAAAUAAUCGACCAAGUAAUUGCUCAAGAAAAUGACCAGCAUAGACCCCGAUCACCUCUAAACCGGGUCUUGAGCUUGUCCAUUUUUGAAAGUAAUCAAGAUGAAGAAGAAUAUGAGGUGCUUGCUCUUAUGGAAAAACAACCUGAAUGGAUUAGAUCUAGACCACACCAAUGGGAAGAUCUAAGGCCACCACCAUCCGAUGUCACUGAAGAACCCAAAAAGGGGGUGAAUCAGAAGCAGUUGCCAACAAAUCUGAAGUAUGUAUUUCUAGACACUGAAGAAAAAUGCCUAGCCAUCAUUAAUGCUAGUCUACAAAGCGUCCAAGAGGCAGAACUCAUUCAAGUGCUAAAAAAAUACAAGGGUGCAAUCGGAUGGACAAUUGAAGACUUAAAAGGUAUAAGCCCUACUAAAGAUGCCAGCAAAUAA